AGAAGGAAGGAAGAUCCGUUGUGUGAGGAGGCUGCUAUGGUGCUGAGUUCCCCGGUAGAGCCGACCGAGCCGAGGCGGUCGCGGCCAUGAAGGCGGGUGCUACUUCUAUGUGGGCUUCAUGCUGUGGGCUGCUGAAUGAAGUCAUGGGAACUGGAGCUGUCCGAGGCCAGCAGGCGGGAUUUCCGGGAAGCACUGGCCCAUUCAGAUUUACACCGAGCUCUGACUUCCCCACCUACCCACCAGCAGCUACUGAAGGACCCAAUAUAGUUUGCAAAGCCUGUGGGCUUUCGUUUUCAGUCUUUAGAAAGAAGUCCUUGCUGUUUGUCCUGUGCUGCGUUGAUCUCUGCUCCUGAAACCUCAUUCCUGAUGACUCUUUUUGAAGCAAGAGACUUCAUUGCUGUGCAGUUUUGUUCAGUGAUCAUUUACUAUAGCAAGCAUGUCUGCUGUGACUGCAAGAAGGAUUUCUGCUCCCUCUGCUCAGUCUCCCAAGAAAACCUCCGCAGAUGUUCUACUUGUCACCUACUACAAGAGACGGCCUUCCAGCGCCCUCAGUUGAUGCGACUAAAAGUGAAGGACCUGCGGCAGUAUCUCCUCCUCAGAAACAUACCAACCGACACUUGUCGUGAGAAGGAAGACUUGGUGGAUCUAGUACUGUGCCACCGUGGACUAGGCUCAGGGGAUGACCUGGACUCAAGUAGCCUGAAUUCCUCAAGGUCCCAGACUUCUAGUUUUUUUACACAGUCCCUCUUUUCAAAUUACACUCCUCCCUCUGCUACUGUGUCCUCCUUCCAGGGAGAGCUCAUGGACAGAGAUGGCGCCUUCAGAUCAGAAGUCCUGGCACAGGUACAAAGUGAAAUAGCUUCAGCAAACACAGAUGAUGAUGACGACGACGAUGAUGAUGACGACGAUGAUGAAGAUGACGACGACGAACAAGAGGAGGAGGAACAGAACCCGGGGCUCUCUAAAAAGAAAGCAAGAGCUUCCCUGUCUGACCUCUCAAGCCUUGAAGAGGUAGAAGGGAUGAGUGUGCGCCAGCUGAAGGAGAUCCUGGCUCGGAAUUUUGUCAACUAUUCUGGCUGUUGUGAAAAAUGGGAGCUGGUAGAGAAAGUCAACCGGCUGUACAAAGAGAAUGAAGAAAACCAAAAGUCAUAUGGUGAGCGGAUGCAACUUCAGGAUGAGGAAGAUGACAGCCUGUGCCGAAUCUGCAUGGAUGCGGUCAUUGACUGUGUCCUGCUGGAGUGCGGGCACAUGGUCACCUGCACCAAGUGUGGCAAGCGAAUGAGUGAGUGUCCCAUCUGCAGGCAGUAUGUGGUUCGAGCUGUGCAUGUUUUUAAGUCAUGAAAUUGAGGGCCCUGCAGUAGGACACUCACAUGACAUUACCCCAAACAUUUCAGUGCACUAGAGGGACUGGAAACUUCUUGUUCUAAGGCAAAAGCUAUUUUCAAAAAUUAUUUUCAUUACUAACUGGGGACAGAAAGUUCACCCUAAGUUGCAGAAACCUGGCCAGUGCCAUGACCCAUCUCCCUGUGGACACACGGCUUUCCCAGGUUCUGCUGGGUUUUGUCUCCCCUGAGCACUAGCUGAAGCCAAACUGUUCAGUGUGGGUGUGGAAGCCACUCACUCGCCUGUCUUCCCUUACUUUACCUUCAUCCUGUGUUUGUUCUCUUUGAAGUGAACUCACUGUCAUGACUGGGUAGUGUGGACUAUCCUGAGCCGUAACUGCUCUGAAUGUUCACUCGAUUAGCCAUGUAUAUUUUAAAUGCUAAUAUUUAAUGAAUGUAAGUUUCAACAUUGUUGCUAUUUCUGCAUUUAAACAUAAUUGGGAGACAACUGACAUUCUACAGUCAACUGCCAGGGCCUUAGACUAAGUAUGUCCAUUUUUGUUCAGGUACAGCUUUUAAAAGCAAGGGCUGCAUCUAGCUUCUUAUCUUAGAAGUAUAUGUGUGCUAAAUUCUUUAUUAACAUGUAAUCAAUUUACAAUGUUUUGUAUAGUGAAGGUGUAUUUUUAGUUCUACCUGCUAGUAAUUUCAACUUUAGGAAUAAAAUUAAAUGAAAAGGC